GACCUCUUCGUGUACGUAUCCCUCUUCACCAGGUGAAAGCCACCUUAGCUCUUCGCUGCUAACCCCCCUCUCCUAUCAGCUCCUACACACACGUAAGACUCUAGCAUGUCGCACUUCUUCCACAAGCCGGAAAAUGCUCUGAAGCGCGCGCGUGAGUUGUUGGCCAUCCCCAACGUGGACGCCGGGGUGCUCAAGCGUACCAAGCACUCGGCGCUCGAGAUCCUGCACGAUGCGCUCAUCGCCAAAAAGAACCGCACGUGGCAGCCCACUCACGAGGAGCUCAUGAUCCUGUACCUGGACAUUUGUCUAGAGCUGCAGAUGGGCCGCGUAGCCAAGGACGGUCUUCACCAGUACCGCAACCUGUGCAUCCAGCACAACCCGGCGUCGCUCGAGACCAUCAUUAAACACUUCGUCACGCAGGCUGAGCGCAAGCUUGCGGCAGCCAAGAAGGAGAGCAACGAGCUCAAUCUUCUGGCCGCUGCCAAGGUGGAUCUGGACGCUGCGCAGACGCCUGAGGACGUGAUGCUGUCCACCACCACUUUUGAGGGAUCCAACGACCGCACUGACCGCGAAGUGGUUGUUCCAUGGCUUCGAUUUAUGUGGGAGACGUACCGCACGGUUCUGGACAUCCUCAAGAGCAACUCGAAGCUUGAGCCGCUGUACAAGACCACCGCUAUGCAAGCGUUCGACUUUUGCGUUGAAUACCAGCGCAAGAUUGAGUUCCGUCGCGUUUGUGAGAUCAUGCGCAACCACCUGAGCGCUUUGCAGAAGCACGUGGCGGCGCCCACGAGCCAAUCGACCCGCCAGAUGCGCAGCUGGGAAGGAUUCACUCUCGAUAGCGUCGAGCGUCUGCUGGAAGUGCGUUAUCGUCAGCUCCAGGUCGCUACCGACCCUCGAGCUCUUCUCGGAGGCCUUCCGUACGAUCGAUGA